CAGGAACAGCGGCCCGUGUGUACUUGGUUCCGGCUGAGGACAGUUCCUCCCCCAUAUUAAAGAAAUAGAAGCUCCGGUUUCGCUUUCGGUUCAGAGAAACUCCUUAAGAGACGCUCCAUCAUGUCUACAGUUUACGAAGACAUAGUGAAGCUCGUCGCCAACAAUCUAAAAUGCUCCAUUUGUUUCGAGCUGUUCACGGACCCAGUCACUCUGUCCUGCGGCCACAACUACUGUCUCAACUGUAUUCAGAGGUACCUGUCCCGCGGGACGAGGACCUGCCCCCAGUGCAGGUCUAAGCUCCCACACACCCCCAACCUGAAGAAGAACGUCGCUCUCUCCAACAUCCUGGACCUGCAGGAGGCCGGGGGUCGUGAGAUGUGGAACCAGGUGGUCAUACGGACAGACCAGUGCAACAGUUACCACACAGAGAAGCUAACAGAGGAUGGUUCCUUGUCUGUCGGAAAAAACAUCAGCACAGCUAAAGGGUUCAGUUCAUCGUUUGACAAUGAAGGAGGAAGCCAGUGUGCUGACAGCAGUUCAUCCAGCCUGGAAUUUUCUGAACUGGAGAACAGUAUAAACGGCUUUUCACGCAUAGAAGCGCUUGAGAGUAUGUUACCUGAUCCAGACAGUGAUGCACAGGAAGUCAGUGAGGUCCUGCUGGAUGGUCUAAAUGAAGCCAGUGGUCUUGCUGACUUUGCAACAGCGGAUCUGAACUGCAGCCAAUCUGCAGAGUUUGUUUUGCUGUCCUUUUUGCCUGCAAUGGGUCACAGGCGUUUAGCAUUCAUGCCAGAGAACCGGAGGUUAGUGGUAAGGUCAGCUUUCUCAUCGGUGACCCAAAAUGGUCGCUUUGAUGCCUGCCAGUGGAUGGCGGAUCAGGAGCUUUCAAGAGGGAGGCAUUACUGGGACGUUGACGUGUCUCGGUGCUCUGGAUGGGCGGCCGGGGUGGCAUAUCCUGGCCUGGCCAGAAACGAACAGCUGGGUCGGGGCCCCUCUUCCUGGUGCAUUGAGCGGAGCAGUGGGCGAUUGAGUGCCUGGCACAACAAAAAAGAGACCCCACUCAAACAGGACUGCCCAGACAGUGUCAGAGUUCUGUUGGAUAUGGACAGCAGCUGUCUGUCUUUUUGGAGCCUGAUGGAUGGACUGGUGGAGCUGUAUAGCGUGCAGGCAGAUUUCCGUGGCCCAGUCAGGCCCGUGUUCUGGUUGCAUGGAACACAGCAGAGGAAUGUUCUGGCUUUUCCUGCAAGAUAAAAUUAUAAAUUAUUUGUUUUUAAUUGUGCUGUAAAUGCUGGUUGCUGUGAUUUGUCUGAUCAAAGCAUCUCCUACCAGAAAUAACCUGUAUCCACAGCUUUGCAAUCUUUACAAACCACUUUUUUGUUGCCUUUGGUGUUUCAUGUUCUUUAUUUGCUAUGUUUAUUUUGCUUUCUUUCUCUCCUCUAAAUAUGUAUUUGUUAAUGUAUCUUUCUUGUAUGGUAUAAUGUAUAAUUUGUUUUUGAUAAAUCUGCA